AAAGGAAAUCAAACUUGACCAAACCAUUUUGCUGAUAUGCAAAUCAGGCUAAUUUAGAUGACAAAAGCUUUCCCUCGUCUGCACAUUCUGCAUUUCGAUAUAAACCACAACACAGCUGCAGCUGGGUGGCAGGCAAGCAAUAUCAGUAACAAUGGGGAAGAUCGCAUUCUUCGAGGAUAAGAAUUUCCAAGGCCGAAGCCAUGCGUGCAGCACCGACUGUCCUGACCUGCGCUCUUACUUCGGCCGUUGCAACUCCAUUAAGGUGGAGAGUGGCUGCUGGGUGCUGUACGAGCGUCCCAACUACACUGGCAACCAGUACAUCCUGAGCCCCGGGGAAUACCCUGAUCACCAACAGUGGAUGGGAUUCAACGAUAGCAUCAAGUCAUGUCGCUCUAUCAAAAAUGUGUACGGAAAGUCCUGGAAGAUCAGAUUCUACGAAAAGAAGGACUUCGAAGGUCAGGUGGCGGAGUGUGUUGAAGAUUGCGCUUCGGUUUACGAGGCCUUCAAGUUCCAGGAAGUCCACUCCUCUGUGGUUAUGGAUGGCGCGUGGGUCCUCUACGAGCAGCCCAACUACCACGGACACCAGUACUUCCUGGAACGUGGCGAGUACCACAGCUUUACAGACUGGGGCGCCACCUCCCCUGCUGUGGGGUCCUUCCGCAUGAUCACAGAGUUCUAGGACAGCGGCGACCAUGCAGGGUUCUACAGAAGAGUUCUGUGAAUGCUCAGACCACCAAAGUUCUAGAAUUCUAAAGAAAGUCAAUCGAACACUGCGUUCCGGAACAUGAGUUCCGAAACCCCUACAGGAUUCCAAAACUGCUACAAGGUUCUAAAGCCCCAAGGAAACCAAAAUUCCAAAUUCGUCCAGACUUCCAAGAAUCUUGAAUAAGUUCUAGAACCCCUCAAAAAAGUUCAGAGUUCCAGAAAGCUAAGGAUUCGAGAACUCUUCAGCCUCCCACCUGCUUCUUCCAUCUGUCCUCCUCCCCAGAACCCUGAAUGUUGCACUCAAAUUAAUAAAAGCAUUUCUGACCCAUAA